AUGCUGCUCGACUUUCUCAGAUGCAUCGUCUGCCGGGCACCGUUCCAUCCGACCAUGCCGGAAUUCUUGCCGGUGCGCUUCUACUGGGAAAAACAGGUCUAUGUGGGCUAUUGCCGGGACUGUGUGCCGCUAACUGUCAAGAACCCGGAAGUGCUCGCUUAUGUGCUCGACAUCCUCAACCAGCCCAACCUCACCUCGACGGCAGAUGGUUGGAUGGCUAUCGGCCCACUCGAACGGCUGAAAUGCCCGCUGUGCCAAGUGGAGUUUACUCGGAAUGGACGCUGGGAUCCGGUGGUGAUGUGGAAAAAUUUCCACCUUCUUUGCCGGCCCUGCCACGAGGAAGAAAGCGCCAAGCCGAAAUGCACCGUUUGCAACGUGAAGUGCGGGAAAAGUGGAGAUAAUGCGUCGCUGUUGAUGCGAUAUUUGGCAAUGAGCGGUGUGUCUGACAGCGGCAGCUCACCAGAGCCCGAGCUGCAGACCGAGAAAUGCGGCCAAUGCCAUAAACGCCUUCCCGUCGACCAGCUAUUCCGAUGCGAAGACUGCACGAUGACGCUGUGCAGUUUGUGCGCGGUACGAAAGCACCGCGACCACGCACUCAUUGAUAGAGGGGCUCUGAAGAUCGUCGAAUUAGAAGAAAAUACAACGGCGCAGUUGCGUGAGCAUUUUGAUGGGUUAAACAACAUUAUCACACAUGUACAUACGGAAAUUGCGGCCGGCUCGCGAGGCCUCAUCGAGAAAAUCGAACAAGCCCUAAAAAUCGUCGGCCGUCAAAUGGAAUUGGCGGAGGCGUUGAGGAUCUGUGGCGAAUUGCGGAAGAAGCUGGAUAGGUUUGAGGAGAAGUUCGAGAAGUACCUACCCCAUGCACGGAUUUACGAAGAUGACCUGAAAAAGUUGAGCGACGAGAUCGAGAUGUUCACGUUGAAGUUUGAG